CGAGGCCUGUUAGUAACACUGAAGCAUACAACAUACAGACAUCAGCAUGGACGGGGACAGAUUCGAUGUAUGCGACGACGUGGGUUUCACAUAGAAAGCCUUUGGCAAAAAUCAGAUCCGUGGUUUAACAGUUUUAACAGCAUUGGUGGUUGUGUUCAUCAUUGGCUGUGUGGCGGUUCUCUGUGUGUCGUCGUCGGUACACUAAGGAGAACCCACCACAAGCUUCCAUUUUCCAUAAAACACGCUGUUUAUGAUAAGAAGGGAAUCGGAGAUGACGGUUCAGCGCCAUCUCGGAUCAUCAUACAGAGGAGGAGGACGGGGGACGUGGACUUCACCAGGACAUGGAAAGAGUACAGAGACGGUUUUGGUGAUUUAGAUGGAGACUUCUGGUUUGGAAAUGACAACAUUCACAAGUUGACACAGAAAGGCUACACCCGGCUUCACAUCGAGCUAACAACAUUUGACAACAUCACAUACAACAUUGAAUACGGUGACUUCCGGGUGCGAUCAGAAGCAGAGCAUUACCAGCUACUUUGGCCAAUUUCAAGCCAGGUCACCUUGCCCUAACGUUCGACUGUCUCAUUUCCCAUAACGGAAGCAGAUUUUCUACGGUUGACAGGGACAAUGAUAUGUCGGAACAGAACUGUGCCUCGCUUUACUUCUGUGGAUGGUGGUACACUUCUUGUCAGCUGUGCAACUUAAACGGACUUUACAGGAGUAAGGAACUCUACAAAAGGGGAUAUAAUCUGGUGCUCUAUUGACAGAUACAGGGGAAUUAAACACACACUGAUGGCCUUACAGUCACAGUCCUGAUCUACUUACCAACGAGGGGCGGCGGAGUAGCCUAGUGGUUAAAGCGUUCGCUUGUCACAUCGAAGACCAAAGUUCGAUUCCCCACAUGGAUUCAAUGAGUGAAGCCCAUGCUGUGUCCCCCGCCGUGAUAUUGCGCGGGAUAUUGCUUAAAGCGACGUAAAGCAAAAACUCACUCACUCACUAGUACCACCACUUGAGGAUCUGACCAGGAAUAAGGUGAUGAAGAUAUUGUGCAUACCAUACAUCUGAACACAUUUGUAGAGCUUGUUCCUCACAUAAAAUGUGACUAUAUCAAGACGAUGUUUCUUAGAUACAUGGAUAUAGGUGACUUUUUAAAAUACUUUGCAUCUAUCAGUAUAAUUUUCUCACCCUACUGAUUGGCUAGUUAGUUCCGUUUGUUCCUACCAAUGAAAAUGCAUAGCCGUAAUUCUGAGAAAAUUCUGAGAAAUAUUCAAAAUGCCACUAAAUCUCAUCAUUUUCUG